UUGUCGUCUGCACUUUGAAUCUCCGAAUUGUGUUCGUUACUAGCGGUACUACCUUACGUCAACUUUUACUGUCACACGGAUGGAAGAGCUUGCAAAUACAGGAAUAUAGGAGUUGUCAUUGUGAUGAUUUUGUGUGAGGUGAUAUCUCAACCCUCUCCAGCCUCUCCGUAGACACCAUAUGAGUCAAAGAUUAUAGGUUGUCUGUUCCCCUAGUUUCUUAUUCGUCAUCAAAAUGGUCAAGGGUAAAGCGUCUCCUAAUGGCUUGGACAACUCACAGGCUGAAGCAUCAGUCAUUGAAGAGGAGAGCCCCCAAUCUCAACUGGCUCACGAUGUGAACGAUGUGAACAUACUCCGCACAGAUGAUAUAUUGACAGAAGAAAAUGUUGAUUUUAAAAGUCUGCUACUUCCGGCAUUCAUUUUAAAUGGAUUAGAAGCUGCAAACUUCCAAAAGCCUUCUCCGAUUCAGUUGCGUUCAAUACCUUUACUCCGCCUUGGGUUUGAUCUGAUUGUUCAGUCGAAAGCUGGUACAGGAAAAACCUUAGUAAUUGCCUUGGCGGCCUUGGAAACUGUAAAAGUGGAUAGCAAGAGGAUGCAAGUGAUUGUGAUUGCACCAACCCGUGAGAUAGCUCUUCAAACAAAGCACUUCAUAUCCAUUGUUAGCUCUGAUAUUAAAGUCCGAACAGAAGUAUUCAUCGGUGGAACUGCAGUGAAAGCAGACAAGAAGAAUACUCUAGGCUGUCAAAUUGCCAUAGGCACACCCGGACGUUUGAAUAGUCUGAUUGAAAGUGGUGACAUUUCUUUGAACCAUGUUCGACUAUUUGUUUUAGAUGAAGCUGACAAACUAAUGGAAAAGUCCAUCUUUUCUCAAAUAAAAUCUAUUUCUAAAUUAUUGCCUGCCAACAAACAAACAAUCCUCUGCAGUGCUACAUUUCUUAAUCCUGUCAGGGAUUAUGUUGUUAAGCACAUGAAGGAACCCUUUUGGGUUACUCCUGAAAAAGCAACUCGUCUACAGCCGGGUAACAUUGAACAACAAAAAUUUGCUUCAACUGCUCUUUUGGGAGUCACACAAUUUUUUAAAGAGGUUCCAAACCAUCCUCAAAUUGUUAGGAAAUUAAAAUACAAGCUAGAAGAAAUUCUUGAUAUUCUCUCUGGUCAUUCCUUCACUCAAUGUAUGAUUUUUUCAAACUACCAAACAAGAGCUGAGACUAUUUGUCACCAAUUAGUUGCGAAUGGUUGGAAAGCUAUGAGUAUUCGUGGUCAGGAUGAGCAGACACAUCGAACAGCUACCCUAAACUCUUUCAAGGAACUUCAGAGCCGUGUUCUUUUAACAACUGAUGUUAUGUCAAGAGGGGUUGAUUUUAGAGGUGUGGAUCUAGUUAUUAAUCUGGAUAUUCCUUAUGAUCCAGCCACUUACCUGCACAGAAUGGGCCGAGCAGGCCGGUUCGGCUCUUAUGGCUGUGUCAUCACUCUAGCAUCUGCUGGUGAAGAAGUAGACAAUUUCAAAAAAAUGUUGUCCGAGAUAAAUGAGUCUAUAGUCUAUGUUUUACCUGCAGAUUUGAGCCUUAUCAAACAUGUGAGUAAACUUGAGGAUGUCUUUUUUGGGUCCCACAAAAAGUGUGAAGGGGACCUAGUUAGCAAAUUGGAGAACUUGGAUUUGACUGUUGAAGAUGAAGGCGUCAGUGAGAACCUUGGGCCAAAAAUUGGGGAGGUGUGCUUAAACAAGAGACAGAGCGAAGAUGAAAAAGCUGCUCAUGAAGAUGUGAAUAUUCCAGUUAAAUGUGAGGGGGAAAAGAUGUCGAUGGGAAUUAGUAAAAAUCCAAAAGGGACAAAGAGAGAAGAGGAAUGCAAAUCAAACCUUAAAGUUCCCGGCGGAAACACACUCUCAAAAGAAUGCAGCAAAGUUUCCACAUGUUCACUGCUGUCUUCAUCACAUGCCACUGAGGCCUCUUGUGCUCUAGCAAACAGUGCACCCAACCUGGGUAAGACAGUUAGUGAAACAGCUCUGCAACGUGCAACUGAUCAGUUGUCUAAAGCGCUGUGUGCUCCGAAACAGAAGUCGUUGACCUUAUGCACUUAUGAAGAUAUGGAAAAAUCGUUCAAUGAAUGGUCUCUCUCUACCAAAGGCAGUAAGAUUGAAUCCUCUUCCUCAGGGAAUAAUAAUGAUUUCAAGGAUUGGUGGUCAUCUGCCAAUUUAGUGUUGACAGCAGCCAAUUUACAGUUGCAAGAACUGAGGGAAAAUGGACUCAAAAAGCCCAGUGAAUUUGAGGCUGUUCAACACGAUCCAGAAUAUACAUCAUCAGAUGAAUCCGUUUAUCAGCCCAAGAAAAACAUCCCGAAAACCCAAAAGAAAAAAUCUAAAGGGAAAACUGGUGGAAGUUCUCAAACCAAUAUGGCUUCAAAGUACCAAACAUUGUCCACAUCGCCACAAGACACACCCUGGCUAUGGGAUGAGAGCUCUAAGUUAUACUAUAUAUGGGAUGAGUUGGAAUCAUGCUACUAUUUAUAUAAUCCCGAUUUAAAAUGUCAUUUCAAAUGGGAGUCUGGAUUGAAUAGGUAUUACAAAUGGGACACAGUGUCACAAAAAUACAGGUUGUGGGACUGUGAAACAAGUUGUUACUGUGAUACAAGAAAUCUUAAUUUGAAUGAUGCAAAUAGUUUUGGAUAUCAUUCAGACAUGUCAUUUCCAAGAAAUCAACUGGACCAAAACUACAUUAGUUGGUUUUCAAUGUGGAGCAAACAAAUCAGACAGAUGAGUUUACAAGUGUACCAAGCAGAGUUUCUUAAAAAUUUGAUGGGUCAAGGUCAUAAUCUGUGAUGUCUAUGUGAAUGAUGUCGGGUAUGUUGUUUUUUUCUCUGAUUGCAUCUCUUUGUGUGACCAUAAAUUCAAGACACGUCUGGAAACAAAAUACAUACUUUAUUUUGUAA